ACAUGGUCAGCCAGUGUUACAGUCAAAUUAUUUGUUGGCUCGACAAUAGUAAAGAUGAUGGAUGAUGAGAUUUAUCAAAAUAUGGACGAACUGACCGGACCAGACGUCAGUGGUCCGAAGUUGAGGUCACAGGUUAUGACCCCUCGAUGGAAUCGUACCAAGUUCAUGCUGGUCGCUAUGUCUGUUGUACAACUGUGUGGAAUCAUUGUCCUGGGUGUACUCUAUGCCUACAAAGACAACAAUCCACAACAGUCAACUUGCGUCAAAGCGCCCAGACCUUGUGAUUCCGGAUGGAUCCCACAUAAAUGUAAAUUCUACCUGUUGUCUGAUGAGCUCCUGCAAUGGGAAGAGAGCAGGCAGAAAUGUAUUUCUGCAGGAGGAGACUUGGUGACUAUUGACAGCGAGGAGGAACAGUCGUUCUUGGUGAACCAUAUCGACAGAACUACCCUCAAGGAAAUUCCCUUUUGGAUUGGGCUGACCGACAGACAGAAAGAGGGUCAAUGGCUGUGGUUAGAUGGCAAGUCUCUUCAGGACAACUUGACGUCUUAUAGGUUCUGGGACAAGGAUCAACCUGACAAUGGACCAGAUGGGGAACGUCCAGAAGGACAGGACUGUGCUUGGUUUCGAAGUGUUACACAUAUCAAUAACUGGAUGGAUGGAUAUUGUGUACGUCUUCAUGGAAGAAUAUGUGCAGUUUCUAUGUAACUAGUAAGCUAUUUAAAAGGAAUGCAGUACCUUGCAAACACCAACAACAGCACAGUUAAAAUUGAUGACAGCUUGCUAGCAUGCUAACUGAUGCCUUUUGGUGAUAUAGUUGGCAAUAUCGUGCUGUGGUGGUUUUCCACUGGGACUUGGACCACAAAACUACAUAGAAAUAGACUUUAUUUGUGUUGAUCUGUCCUUCACAUGACCAUACACCAUCAAAAUUAAUUUGAAGAAGAUAGCAAGUAGUUGUCUGUAAAAUCAUACAUGGGUAAACCUCUUGAGGAACAACCUGUGGUUAGAAUAACAAAAUUCAACUUUGAGGGAUCAUCAGUCAUUUUGCAAGCUUGCACAUCAACAAGAAAACUGUAAAGAAUCUUUACACAAAAUGGUGGCCGUAAACCUUAAACUGCGCAACCACUAAACCAGAUAACAUCACACGUCAUAAUAUGCUGACGUAGGAAGAAAUGGGAACCCAACAUAAUAGUGGCAAGUUUCUAAAGGGACGCUGAGUUAAUACCAUAAUAACUCUGAUACUUCAUUAGAACCACAGACUCCUUAUGUUGACCUUCAAUAAAGGCUUAAUUACUCAA